UCAUCCUGGAGAUUGCAAAAAGGGGAUUUCAACUGGUUCUCUGAUUUGGGUUCAUGAGGGAAAUUAUACAGUAAGGAGCCCCAUGGUUGUGGUGGUUGAAAGAAUAGGCUUGCAAAACCUUGCUUAGUCUUGGAGCUUAUAAACCUUUCUUGGCUCAAUCGUGGUACGGUCUCUGGUUAAUAUUUGUAAUGCGUUCCAGUGCUUAGACAUGUUAUCGGAAAUUUUUGGAUCAGUUGGUUUUUUUACAGCUGAAGCACUAAUCUUUAACUGAAUCGGUGUCUGUCUAAGAUGGGUUAGUAUCACUCCAGCGUUAUGUUCACAAAGCGUUUGGUUCUAUGUUCAAGCCUACCUGGGGGAAAAACUGGCCUAGGUCUGUGUUUGCCUGUUAUGGUGGACUCUCGUUUUAGAUUUUAUCUGAGUCUAGGCUUUUUCCAUGCAGAGCUGCCGUAGACUACCACAAGCUCGGGUAUCCAGGAAACCUACCAAGGGUUCGUUCAUCUGUGAAUUGGGUCGGGCUCUCAAGCCUCUGCAGACCGGAGUCUCACGAAGCUCGUUCCCAUUCGUGGCACGUGACAUGCAUCUAAAUGUGUUUUGUGGAUUGGAAUUAAGACCAACAUACACGUUCAUGAUUUAUACAAUCAUAGAAUGUUGCUGUUUCUCGGGUCGCUCACAGUGCGGUUGAAUGGACGGUAUUGCGUCCUUAUGACUUGAUCGUGUCGGACGCUGGGCUGGAGAGUUUAACGUGACCCUCCGCUCUUUCGUGCAACCCAGCCGGCAAAAUGUGAUCCUAAGCAACAGCUGUUAAACUCGUCCGACAUCCCCGCACAGAUCACAAGACAAGUUGUUCUGACGCACGUCGGCUGACGCCAUGCCAACCUAGCAUCACUAUUCACUGGUUGGUGCGGCCGGUGGGCCGUCAGCUGGUCUAUUUUUUUUGGUCUAUUUGACGUGCGGUUCCUGGUUCCCGAUUCGUCGACUUCGCGGCGGUCGCGGCGCGCCGACCCUAGUCCCCCUCCUUCCAAAUGCACGCAGAUCUCGGGGCACCCACUUUCCCACCCCAUCGCUGAGACGCGAGUUCCACAGGUUGGUAUAUUUUCUGCCGGAGUCUGAAGGACUGCGGGUCGCUGUUUAAUUCUCGCCGCUGCUGGGCCUGGCAUGCUCGUAGCUGACAAUUUUCCACAAGGAAACUUCCACGUCUUCUUCAGGAGCUUUGGUCUCCAAGCACCCGCGGCCAUGACCCUGGAAAAGCCCCGGGACUAUAGCGUCUCUGCGGAGGCAACCGACGCUCUAUUCUUUGGGGAGUCUCCCAAACAAUUGGAGUCCCUCCAUGGCGGCAGAGGUGAACAAUAUACCAGGUGGUUGGCCACUAGGACUGGAGAGGUUGACCGUGAGGCUCAGGGCCAUGGAGACCUCACGAGCUGUCGCCACAAUGCCAGAUUCACUUUGCAUGCGAUCAGAUAGUUUUUCCUCGUACUCAUCCUCUGAACUUGACACUGAGUCCACGAUAUCCUUCUUUCCAGACCGUAGCAUUACCUUGGGCAGUUUAAUUGGAAUAAAACCAGGAGAUGGAAAUCUUCGCUUUGCCAGAUCAAUUCUUCCCGCAGAGAUGGGAAGUGAUCCAACUGUAGAUUUGACACCAGGUUCCAUGGAGCAGCAUCAAACAAUCAUCUCAUGUUGUGUUUGUGUUCCAUUAGUCUCAACUAUUCUUGCAGGUAGGACCACUUCAAGAUGCUGAAGUUAAAUGGAAGUGAGGCAAACAAAAUCGAUUGAGGAGACCCAUUCUGUUCCUUAACUUGUGAAGAAGGUAUAUUUAUAUUUGGGGUGUCCAAUAUGUGCUACUUCCUGAUGUGCUACUUCCUGGCAGUGGGUUAAAGGAACUUGCAAUUAAUAAGAUUUGAUUGUACCCUGCAAUUGUUGUAUGUGUAUGCAAGAUGUUCCCAAAAAAUAAUGAAAUAAAAAUUAAAUUCAUAUUCAAAGCA